UAACCUUCGCUCUCUCCUACCUCCGUCCGGCCUCUUGUGGCUCAGUGGAAAUGCUGGCAAAUGCACCAGAAAUAAGUUGCAAACUUUGUGACCUCGUGUUUGAUAUAUGGUGACUGAAUAGUGGGAGAAUCCCCAGAAAUGGCACUGCACAGCAGCACAAUGGAUGCGCUCCUCUCUUGGGUGAACAGCCUCAAGGUCGACAAACCCAUUGAACAAUUGUCUCAGCUACAAGAUUUGAGCAUUUUGAUUAAAAUUGCCACCAAACUCAGACCGCUAGAUUUACCAGGGAAAUACAGAAACCUUAGAAAGAGUAACGGGAACACAAAUGAAUUAACACCGAUCCUUCAACAAUCCCUGGAAGACAGACUGAAAUACUUGCGCAGCUUUUUACAAAGAUACUGCCGGUAUGGCUCGUCUGCUGAGAAUCUGGUGCAGUGGCAGAAGAUUCUGCAAGGAGAGAACGUGGAAGUGGAGCUAUCCAAGGUUAUUGUUCUCCUUUUCUAUUAUUCAAACAUGAAAACCAAGAAUCCCAAAGAAUGUGAGGAUUUUGAUCUCAAGACUCAGACUGAGCUUGCUUCCAUCCUGAGGUUCGUUCUGGAAAAUGAAGAUGAUCUGUCUCUAAAUGACAAGCUCUUGCACUUCCUGCAGAAGAAAGCACGGUUUCCGUCCUCCAGUGAUGGCGCCUCCAGCUCGGAUGAUUCAGUGUCUCCCAACGUGCUUAUAAAAAGGAAAACCGAGGUGCGCUUUCUCGAGUUGCAUCGUGUGGCAUCUUCCUCUGCCAUGAAAAGUUUAACGGACUCGCCAUCCUCCCCAAUGAUUGAGGUUCUGCACAUGCCUCAAUUCCAGAUGAGACGUUUGAAGAAGCAGCUGACUGAGGAGCAGGAGUUCAGGGAUGAGUUGGAGCUGGAGCUGUCGGAGAACAAGAAACGCCUGGCAGAGAAAGAGGCCCAGCUAUUUCUAAUGCAGCAGCGCAUUGACCGUCUCUUGGUGCUGAGUGAGAAACAGACAGAGCCUCAUGAACCUCGAGAGCUGGAAGAACUGCGGGAGAAAAAUGAAAGUCUGAUGAUACGGCUUCGUGACACCCUCAAACAGUGUCAGGACUUGAAAACUGAUAAAAACCAGCUGGAACGCAAGAAUGACCAACUGGCAGAGGAGAACGGGGACCUUGCAUUUAAGGUGCGGGACCUGUCCAGCCGCCUGGCACAGUUACAAGAUGCCUUGAACGAGACAACUGAAGAGCACGAUACGUCACUGGCGGGAUGGCAACAGAGGCAGAGUCAGUUAGAGACUGAGCUUAAUGCAGCUAUCAGCCAAAAGAAAUGCCUGGAGGAACAACAAUUAAUUCUCCAAGGAAAGGUCUCCAUUCUUGAGGAUCAGUUGAAGAAAUUGGGGGAGAGCGCAUCCCAAGAUAAAGGGGAGAGGCUGGGAGACGUCCUGAAGUUGGAAAGUCUGCAGCAGGAAGUCGUAGCUCUUACUUCAAAAUGCACGGCUCUUGAAAGUCAGAUUACACGUUUGGAAAAGGAGAAGAUUGAAGCAAUAGGGGAACUGGAAAUGCAGAGAUCCCGACUUGAGUCCGAGAAGAUGCAGCUCCAAGAUAUUGUCACCAACCUGCAAACUUCUCUCUCUGAGAUUACAUUCCAGAAUGAGAGGCAAAAUCAAGAGGCCAAAGCUCAGGAGGAAAAGCUAACGUGUCAGAUCACCACAUUGAAACUAGAAAUGUCAAAGAUGUCAACCUCCAUAAUGCAAAAAGACAAGGAGCUCCUGGGUCUCCACCAUGAGCUAGAAGAGGAGAGAAAACAGAACGGUCUACUGGUUGAAACAAUCAAGAAGCAGGAGGAGAUUUCAAAACAAAAUAUUGAAGGCCUCAACCACCAAGUAGACCAACUUAGCACUGUAGUGAGACAAUCUGAGGACAAAAUGGUAGACCUUACUCAAAAACUUGAAUGUGAAACCCAGCAUGUUGCUCAUUUAAAACAAGAGUGCAAAGAAUUUGUACAAGAAAGAGACUCUACUCUCACAACGUUCAAUGAGUACAAGCUGGCUAAAGAGGACGAACUAGGCAUCUUAAAUAAUAGGCUCCAUCAUUUGGAGGAAAACCAUCAAACCAGUUUAGCAGCAGUGGAAAAGCUAAAACGAGAGAAGGCAGAAUUGUCUCUAAAAGUCCAAGAAUUAGAUGCAACGAUUUUAGACUUGAUUGCCAAAUGCCAGAACCUAGACUCUGAGAAUGACACACAAGGUAAAGCACAUGCAAAAAUUGUCGAGUCUCUAAAGUCGCAACUUAUCGAACAAGAAAGUAAGCUUAAAGUUUAUGAGCAGAAAAUGUCCGGAAUGGAGUUCACAACUAAAGAAAAUGCUCAGCUUAAAGAGAACUUAUUUUCAAUGGAAGAUGCGAUUAAAAUCUUAAAGGAGCAAUUGGAAGAUGAGAAAACUAGAUAUGCUAACUAUGUAGAAAGUGAGGGUAAAUUGGUUUCUAAGCUUCAAGAAGAUCUUAAGAAACUCUCUGACAGCAGAGAUCAGACACUUGGGGAGCUUAAUGAAGAGAAAGCAUCCAGCAAAAGACUUGAAUCUCAACUGAAGGACUUAGAAGAAGAAUACCGGCAUAGAAAUGAACAUCUGCAGGUUAAACUCUCCGAAACCUCAUCUGCCAUCAAACAUCAACAGGCAAAGCAAGAGGAGCUGACAAUGGAAGUGGACAAAUGGAAGUCAAAGUAUGAAGAGGCCCAACAAGGCAUUGCUCAAAAUUCUUGCCAGAUGGAGGAACAAAUUGAAAGAUUGAAACAAGAACACUCUGCAGUUUGUCACACAUUAGAGAAGGAGAAGGCAAAAUCAUUGGAAUUGGAGUCCCAGGCUCAAGAAACCAUGUCUGUCCUAUUGGAGAAGAUGUCUAAGGUUGAAUGUGAGCUGUCCAAAGCGCUGUCAAACAUUAAGGAGAAGGAGAUUGAGGAGCAGAAAUUGAGAAGCGCCGUUCAGUCUUUGGAGGAAAAACUUGUGCUACAUCAACAAGCAGAAAAGGAGCAAUUAUCUCAGCUGGAGGCACGUUUUAGUAAAGCAACACAAGAACUUCAAAUACUGUCAAAAGAGCUAUCUGAAGAAAAGCUUCAGAAAACAGAGCUUGAAUGUAAAAUAAAACAGCAAGAAGAGCAGAAAUCUGAAAAAAUGUCAGUCUUGCAAUCGAAAAUGUCCACUGCUCAGGCUGCUAUAAAAGAACGUGAAGGUGAAGCCCAGAAGCUCUGUGAAGAGGUGAAGUUAUUGAAAAAUCAACUGGAGGAGUCCAAUGUCAAGUAUCAAGAGGUAGCAGCUCAGAAAGCCCAUGUGAUCACACAACUUGGGCAGGAAAAGGAGAGAGCUUUGGCAGACCUAGCUGCUGAGAAGAUUUCUAAAAUAGAAGUGGAAGCUCAGUUACAGAAAUCUCUAGAUACACACAAAAAUGAGUUCAGCUCCUUACAAAAUGAAUUGUCUCGUUCUCUGGACCUUAUUACACUGAAGGAGAGCGAAUUAGAAAGACUUACAAAGGAUGCAACUUUGAGGGAAAAUCAAUUGCAUCUAGAGCAACAAAAGGUGGCUAAGCUUACAGGAGAUUUGACCACUUUAAAAGCAUUUGAGGAACGAUCUUCCAUGCUGGAAGAAAACGUUAAAAACUAUGUGCAAAAUGCUAAAACAAUGGAAGCGGAAAUCACUAGUCUAAAAGCAGCAGUUUGUGAAAAGGAUAAAGAAAUCCAUCUUUUGGAGCAUAAUCUCAAGAGCAAGGAGAAGGACAAUGCUUCCUUCCAAGAGCAGUAUCAAGCCACACUCGGUGAGAUGCAAGUUCUUCAGGCAAACAUGGCAGAGCUAGCAAAAAAAUGCAGUGAGCAGGAUCAAGCAAUCGUUCGUGCUCACAAAGAAGCUGCUGAGGCAAAAGCCAUGGUUUCAGAGAAGAUUUCUGUGUCGGAACGACAACAAGAGGGUAUUGAGGACCUGGAAGCAAAAAUCCAACGAGAACAGCAGAAGACAUGUGAGUUAAUGAAGCAGUUGGAGGAUGCUCGAUCAUCGCAAGCAGACACAGAGUCCUCCUUUGAGGCAUUAAAGAAGGAGUUAUUCCAUAAGGUACAAGAAUUAGAGCAAAGCCAAAAAGCAUUGAAUGACUCAAACAUAGCGCUCUCUUCUGCUCUUUCAAAGUCACACGAAACUGAGCAGUGUCUAACAGAAGCUAGAGAAAACGCAGCUACGUAUCACGCUGAAGUUGGGAGGAAAACUGAGGAAAUCGCCUCAAUGGAAGCAGAGGUGAAGAGCUUAACAUCAAAAGUCAUCACCAAUAAGAAGUCCUCCAUGGAGUUUAACGAGUUGUUAGUAAGGGAACAAAACAAAAACACAUCACUUGAGGGCCGUAUCGCCACACUCCAGGCAGACAUGAAUGCAUCUUCAAAGGAACUGGAGGUGAAGAAAGGUGUGAUUGAGAAUCUGAACACUGAAGUGAAGAACAUCCAUGUGGAAACUGAAAAGCAAAGGUUGUCUUUAGAAGAACUGCAGAAAAAACUCUCAUCCCAAUAUACAAUAAAAGAGGCACUUGAACAGGAGAUUCAGUCUUGGAAGCAGUCCUGUGCCCAGAAAGAAGAGCAAAUGUCACAUCUCCGAGAUCAGCUCAGCAGCUCCCAAAACAUGCUGGAAGAACUGAAAUCCCUGAAGAGCAGUAACCAGGAACUAAAGGCAGAGCGGACGGCUAUGGAUAAGAAGCACAAGGAGGAGUUUGCAAUUCAGCAGAACAAGGCAGACUGUCUGCAGACAGAACUUGAAAAAACCAAGGGAGAGCUUGAGCAGCUGCUGGAGCUGAAGGAUACCUUGAGCAGACAAGACCAAGUGCUACAGGUUUUGCAGAAUGAGAAAGCAAGUUAUGUGGCUCAGAUUACCGAGCUCCAGCAGGCUAAUGGUCAACUGACUGUCCAAAACAAAGCUUUAUCCGAAGAUCAAGGGGCGAAGAAUUUGGAAGCUGAACUUGCCACGAUCAGACAGCAGCACUCCCAAGAGCUCCAAAUUCUCCAUGAGCAGUUAGAGAGGGCAGUUGGUGAAGGCAAGGAACAAAUAGAAGAUCUCAGCAAAAAACUGGAAGCUGUUACCAGCAAAUACGACCAUGCAAAGACGAGGGUAAUGGACGACCGGCAGAAGUUCCAAGAGGAAAGGCAGAAACUGCUUCUUCAGGUUGAACAGUUGGAAGCUGCAAAGAAGGAGCAAUCUGAGCAGGUGCAGGAGCUGAACAAACAGUUGAGUCAGCAGGAGAAAACCCUGAAAACCCAACAGCAGAAGCUGAAGCUGAGAGAAAGUGAGAUCAGCGUGGAGGUGGAGAAGAAGCAGAAUCAAGUCACCGAGCUGGAAUCCCUCCUGGAGCAGCAGACGAAGGCUGUGGAACACUAUAAAACACAGAUGGACAAGGCCAAAGCUCACUACGACGCAAAGAAGGUGCAAAACCAAGAGCUGAAUGAGAAACUGGAGAAAACGGCCAGGGAGCAGGAGCAGCUGUGCAAGGAGAAUUCCGAGCUCAAGAUGGAGUCAGAUCGUCUCAACAGGGAGCUUCAGCACUCCCUGCUCCACAGUAAAGAGGUGGAACAAAACUGCAAGAACCUGACCAAUCAAGUGAAGACUUUAGAGGUGCAGGUGGAAUAUGCGGACCGCCAGUUAAGGGAACUGGGCAAGUUUCAGGUAGCGACUGAUGCCAUGAAGGGCCGAGAAACAAUGGGCCCCCCACGUGAAACAAGGCGGCGGGGACACGCGGACGUCAGUAUUGACAGUCUGGACUUGAGCGAUGAGGAUAAUCCAAUGAACUCUACUGGAAAGAAUGGCCGCUCCCACCAAGAAGCCGCAUCUUCAGGCAGCCCAGACUCUUUGGCACAGGGUCGCUUGCCCCAGAAAGUGGAGUCUCUUGAGAGUCUUUACUUUACCCCUAUCCCCACCCGGGUCCAGUCAAAGAUGGACAGCAGUAUCGGCUCCAUUGGUGACCUGUCCUUAGACUCCAGUAAGAAGACCCGAUCUGCUCGUAGGCGGACAACCCAGGUCAUCAACAUCACAAUGACCAAGAGAACAAAAGAAGAGACGGUAGAACCCGAGAGUGCUAACACAUCUUUCUACAGCCUGCGCUCUGCGUUGUCUCACCAGAGCCUACAUCAAGAAAAACCACGGAGAGGUGGGCGCCCUCAGCCAGCCUUCUCCGCCCCAGCUUUGUCCAGCCUUCCAUCACAGGAGUCCCUGAUAAGACCGGAUCUGACCUCCUCCGAUGACAGCCUGAAUAACUCUGUGCUAAUGAACUUACCGGGCUACAGACCCACCACCCGCAGCUCCGCACGGCUUUCACAAGGAGGUCGCAACAGUUUCUACAUGAGCACUUGUCAGGACGAGCCAGAUCCUCAGGAAGACUGGAAUCGGAUAGCGGAGCUGCAGCAAAGGAACAGAGCAUGCCCACCGCACCUUAAGACCUCCUACCCACUGGAGUCCAGGCCGUCGGUUCUGGCUGCCACCAUUACAGAUGAAGAAGUGAAGACUGGAGACCCUAAAGAGACUCUGCGACGUGCCACCUUGCUACCUUCCCAAAUACAGGAGUCCACAACGUCCACCCGAAGGAUGACUCUGGCUUCUUCAGAGUUUGAUCACCCUUGGGGCGGCAACAUCACUACACGGCAGCAGAGGAAGAGGGUGUCUGAAGAGCCCCACCAUGGACCGGACACUCCAGAGUCUAAGAAGUCUGCCAGCUGCUUCCCGCGACCCAUGACUCCCAAGGACAAGCACGACCCGCGCAAAUUGUCUGUGGCAGAAAGCAAAAUUAGGGUCAGCCAGCCGCAGACACAGGCCAGCCGGCGGCAAACUAUGACCUUCAGUAUUCUAAACACCCCGAAAAAAAUUGGCAGUAGCUUCCUGAGAAAGAAUGCUAGCAAAAAGACUGAAACCCCUCAAAUCAGCCCACGAACGAGAGGGUCAAGUGUUAGCACCAGCAGUACUUCCUCCAAAUCCCCACUUCAUGCAAUCCGCAAAUCACCAAGCAGACGAUCUCCCAGGGUCUCCCAAGCAAAAUCCCCCAAGAGAUCAAACAAGGCCGGAGCACGAUGAGCAUCCGCAGUUUUUUGAACGGAAGCAGUCCAAGAACAAAUGAGGUCAUGCUUUGAAUGGACACACUUUGAAUGGACUGCUUUUUAUACCUGCUAUUCGGCUGCACCAAGAGCCCGCCGGAUUAACGCGUUUGUUUCCGUGGCGUUUUCAUCCCAACGGCAGCAAAUUCAUACUUUGUACAUUUCCCUAUUAAUGCAUAUUAUUAUAAUUAUGUCUUUAAUUCGCGUUUAAUUUUUGGCUUUCACGAUCUAGAACGACUGCUGCAGUCACUACAACUUAUCACCAAGAUUUGGUCAAAUAUUUUUUUUUUUUUUUUUUAUUUUUUAUGUUGCUGGACAAGCAAAAACUUAUGUUUAAAAAAAACCUGCAGGCUACACAGCAUUUUUAAUGCGGGCUUUCUAAAUAUGGCGGCGUGUGCAGGCUGCAUUUUAUGGGUAGGGAGGGAUCGCUAGCCUUUGAUCACAUUACGAUUAAUGUAUGUAUAUUGUUUGACAGAUGGUAAGCUAACUUUUUAGUGCCUUAUUGCUGUGGCUCUGUAAGGUGUGGCAGUUUAAUUUAUUAAAAGCAUUUCCAUCCCUGUA